AUGCACAGUGUAGUGAAGUAUAAUAAGAAGUGGAUCGGUCUGAGAAGAGACGGCCUCAUGGCGGCUGGCGGCUGCGGCGCGCUACUGCGCGGGGCUGGCGAUCAGCUGCGAGGAGCGGCGGUCGUCGACCCCUCCUCGGACUUUACGACUCACAUUCCUACCUAUAGAGUACAAGCACUCGAAUACUCGCGGAACGCACUACACUGCACUACUCUGUACUCAACGCGGGCAAAAAUAUUGGUAAAAAAAGUAUUUAGGAUUAAUUUUUAUAAAUCGGCUAUUGACAUAUUUACAGUUCACACUGUAGUAUUGGGCGGCUGCCGGCUGGGCGGCGUCGGGCGGCGUCGGGCGGCGUCGGGCGGCGUCGGGCGAGGUGACGAAUUAACGACGCGUGUAAUAAAAUUAGUUCGGAUAAAGGAGGAGAGUAAGAGAGUGUGCUUGAUCGGUCACUUCGUCACGUCCGUCCCUCUCCCUGCACGUGCACCGAGCACAAUGCACGCUCAGAGCGCCGAGUGCCCAUAUACACACAUUGCUCUUUGUUCUCAUCGCACGGCCAAGGAUAGCGAUAACAAAAUGGGUAAGUACAAAACAAAACAAAGUCAUAAAGAAACGUUAAUACAAGGUCAAUGGGAAGCUUUUGCCAGAUACAAAUUGUUAGUAGAUGUUCUAACAAAAAUCAUCGCAACGAUGCUCGGCGGCGGGCGGCGAGCGGCGGGCGGCGGGCGGCUGGCACACUGCCCGUCCGUUGGAAAUAGUCCAUUUUCCAAAUCAAUAACGUUUGCCACUUGUUGCACGCUAUCGCGCCGCGCCGCCCGCCCGCUGCCGCCCGCCUGCGGCCGCCCGCCCACGCGUCUCUUAUCAGUUAUCACACACGACAUUUACUCACGUCAAAAUUGGUUUAAAUUUUAUGUU